CUGCUGUUCUGACCGCUCUGCGAAGCUCAUUCCACCACCGAGGGGCCAGAACAGACAGCAGACGUGACCAGGAAUUUCCAGACGUCCAAAAGUUGAUGAAGCCGACAAAAUGGCGUCGCCCAGAGAAAUGUCACGUCGGCGGGCAGACAUAGCAGGGAUGUAGAACGUCUCAAUCUUUACCGAGCUGACGUUCAGGUGGUGAUUUUCUGUCCAGCUCCAGAUGUCAUUCGGGCGGGCUGAGACGCGUGCCGAGGUCAGAUGGCGGGAAAGAGCUUUACUCCUUGAACGAAUACAAGCCCCCAAUAUCCAAAGCAAAGAUGACCCAGAUAACAAAGUCUGCCAUAAAAGCCAUAAAGUUCUACAAGCAUGUCGUGCAGAGUGUGGAGAAGUUCAUUCAGAAAUGCAAGCCAGAGUACAAGGUCCCCGGGCUCUACGUGGUCGACUCCAUCGUGCGCCAGUCGCGGCACCAGUUCGGCCAGGAGAAGGACGUGUUCGCGCCGCGCUUCAGCAAGAACAUCAUCGCCACCUUCCAGAACCUCUACCGCUGCCCUUCCGACGACAAGAGCAAGAUCGUGAGGGUCCUCAACCUCUGGCAGAAGAACAACGUCUUCAAGAGCGACAUAAUCCAGCCCCUCCUGGACAUGGCCGCCGGGCUGCCGCCCCCCAGCCUGACCCCCGUCACCGCCAGCAGCGCCGCGCCCGUCAACAGCACCACCCCCGGAACCCCUACAACCCCCGCCACCCCAGCCAACAUGGUGCAGAGCCUGCCUGACUGGGCCUCACAGAUCUCCAACACGGACACCGUGGCUGCCGUGGCCCAGAUCCUGCAGAGCCCGCAGGGCCAGCAGCUGCAGCAGCUGGUGCAGAGUCUGCAGCUCCAGCAGCAGAAGCCCCAGCCCUCCCUGUUGCAGGCUCUGGACGCCGGCCUGGUGGUCCAGCUGCAGGCCCUCACUGCCCAGCUCACCGCCGCCGCCACCGCCAACACGCUCAACCCCCUUGAGCAGAGGGUGUCCUCCUUCAACAAGCUCCUCCUUUCCCAGAAGCUGUUGGGACAGUUUGAUUUUGGGAGCGAUUCUGAACGCAGCGAGAGUUCCAAAAAGGACACGCCGUCAUCCCAAAUGCCCAUGGUCUCAGACUCCAUCAACAGCUCCAUUUUCCACCAGCUGGCCGAGCAGCUACAACAGCAGAACCUGGAGCAGUUCCAGAAGCAGUUCCUGGAACACCAACAGCAGCAACAGCAGCAACAGCAGCAGCAGCAGCAGCAACAGAAGGCGAUGUCCACGGACGGCCAGGAGGCAAUCUUCGGUUCCGAGAGCUCAGCCACGCCCUCUCAGAGCCGCGCCCAGCAGCACCAAGAGGUCGAGACCAAGAUGGACGACUCCAUCGACAACCAACAGCAGGACAUGGAUCUGGACGAAGGCCAGGACACGGUGGACGAGGACAUGUUCGAGGCCGAGGAGAAGAAGACCGGCAGCACCAGGUCCAGGACGCGUUCCAGGUCCCGGUCCAGGUCCCCCAGGAAACGACGGUCACGGUCGCGGUCGGGUUCGCGCAAGCGCAAGCACCGGAAGCGCUCGCGGUCACGGUCCCGGGAGCGGAAGAGAAAGUCGUCACGGUCGUACUCCAGCGAGCGGCGGGCUCGCGAGCGCGAGAAAGAGCGGCAGAAGAAAGGGCUGCCGCCCAUCCGCUCCAAAACUCUGAGCGUUUGCAGCACUACUCUCUGGGUGGGACAAGUCGACAAAAAGGCCACACAGCAAGAUCUCACCAACCUCUUUGAAGAAUUUGGGCAGAUUGAAUCCAUCAAUAUGAUCCCCCCCAGGGGCUGCGCCUACAUCGGCAUGGUGCACAGACAGGACGCCUACCGCGCCCGGCAGAAGCUCAGCAGCGGCUCCUUCAAGAUCGGCUCCAAAGUCAUCAAGAUUGCCUGGGCCCUGAAUAUUGGGGUGAAGCAGGAGUACAAGCAGUUCUGGGACGUGGACUUGGGGGUGACCUACAUACCCUGGGAGAAGGUCAAGCUGGACGACCUGGCUGGUUUUGUUGAGGGGGGCAUGAUCGACCAGGAGACGGUCAACAGUGAGUGGGAAGCUGCGCGGAAUGCUGAGCCGCCCAAAGAGACGCCGGCCCAGCCGGCCAGCGCAGAGCCCAGCAGCCUUAGCAGCGCCCAGGCGGAGGCCUUCACCCAGCCCGUCACCAUGAUGCCCGUACAGAUCCCGGUGGCACAGGGUGUCCCGGCCGUGGGGCUCAUCCCGCCCUCUUUCCCGGUCACCAUGGCGAUGCCGCCGCCCGGUUUCGGCCCUCCGCCGCCUUUCCUGCGGGCCGGUUUCAACACCUCCCAGCCCCCUCCCGGUUUCAUGCCACCUUCUGUAGUUCCUCAGACGUCCGUGGGAUCUGGCGUCCCCUCAGUACCAACAUCCCUGAUGCAGUCCUCCAUGUCGGGGGCGCAGGAGGCCCCGAAAAGCUCGCCCUUCGGAGCCAUGAUCCCUCCCGUCAGCACCAUCCCUGGGAGCUACAUCCCCCAGGGCGUCUUCAAUCCCGUGGGAACCCAGCCCCAGCUGCCUGCCGACAAUAAGGCGGGCCAGCCCGCGGAAAGCCUGGACGCCGCCGCGGAAUUAACACUACAAGGCAUGCAGAACGCCGUGCGGAGCGGUAUGGGCCUGCUGGGCAUGCACCCUUCGGCGUCCCUCACCCACCCGCUGCACCACCCCAACCUCGGCGGCCAGAGGAUGCCGGGCCUGCUGCCCGUGGAGGCCCGUCCCAGCCUGCUGCAGGGGGCCGGUGGCCGCUUCCCCCUCCUCAUGCCCAACAGACUGCUGCACCCCAACAACAGCCUGGCCCCCAACCCCGCCCUCAACCCCGCCCAGCCCGCUCCCCCCCGCGCCCCUGCCCCUUCCCCCUACUCCGAGCCGGACCAGUUCGGCAGGGCUCAGGGGGUGUUCGGGCAGCCCCCCGCCCAGCCUUCCGACGGCCCCGCCCAGCCCGAAGCCCGGUCCCCCGGGAGGAGCGACGGCGUCCCGCAGGAGAGGGACCAGGACUACCGCUUCCCGCCGCCCGAGAAGCAGGGGACGGGGCUGCUGCCGACCCCGCCCCCAGAGAACAGACAGAUGAGGGAGGGGCCCCAGGGGGAUGGCGGGGAGAGCCAGGGCAGGAAGGAGCCGCUCGCCAGCUUCAAACACGAGAGCCGCUGGGGCCCGCCCAGGGGGGAUUUCGACGAGCGGGACCUGAGGGGCGUGCCCGCGGGGGGCCCCAAGGGCUUUCAAGAGGAGCGGCCAGGUCCCAGACCAAACUUCACUAAUCGUUUUGAGAAUCGAGGAGGAGGAGGUGGAGGUGGUGGUGGAGGAGGAGGAGGAGGAGGAGGUGGAGGAGGAGGAGGCGGCGGCGGUGGUGGUGGUGGUGGUGGUCCUGCCUGGAGUCGCGGUGGCCGGCCUGGGGAGGCGGACCUGCACCAGGACUUUGAUGACCGGCGGCGGCCCUGGGACCGCCAGAGGGACCGCGACGACCGGGACUUCGACUUCCGGAGGGAGAUGAACGGCAGCCGCCACGGGCGGGACAGGGAGAGGGAGCGCGACCGCGGGCGCGAGAGAAACCGCGAGCGCGACCGGGAACGAGAUUGGGACCGCGACAGAGACCGCGAAAGGGAUCAGGGGCGCGACCGCAACCGCCAGGCCUGGGCUCCUCUCGCCCCUGCCCCUGCCCUGGCCCCCGCCCCCGCCCCCACUCCGGCCCCCGCCCCCGUCCCCGCCCCCAAGCCCCAGGCGCCCUCCGUUCCGGAAAAGCCCGCCGACGGCCCGGAGCAGGAGAAGCCGCAGUGUGUCAACGGGGCGGGGUCUAACAGCGCCCCGGCGGCCCCAGAACCGCCCGAGGCCACGCCUGCCGCCGAGGAGCCCCGGAACAAUCUGGAAAAGCACGCCUCCCCUAAGGAUGUAAGCAAUGAACAAAAUGUACCGAAGGAGGAUGCAGAAACGCAGCCUGUGCUAGAGAAAACAGAAACUGAGGGGACAUUAUCAUCACUCAGUAGGUAAAGAUCAUUUUGUAAAGUUGUCAUCUCUGUACUCAUUCACAAAGGCCCGAUGGACCUGUUGAGAGUAAAAUUCACCUAUUGUCCCGACACAGAUAAUUUAACCAGCUUUGUGUGCAUCCUUCACAUAACUGUAUAUGUUUUAACUUCCUUAGAAUCAGCUCGCUAGAAGAUAAAAUGGUAGGUGAUGUUUUUAUUUUUUUUUUGUUUUUAAUCGCAACGGAAGCAAAAACCCUGCCCCCAUCGUUUUAAAAAGGCAGUUUUUCAUGAAGUGCUCGCUAAGGUGUUUUUAUUGUGAAUGUGAGAAGGGGGGGGGGGGGAGCUUUUACCUUCCUAUGGAAGAGUUGUAAGGAAUCCUGGCUGACAAAUUUGACGAUUUGACGAUUAUGGAAUACUUGAAAACAGCGGGUUCUGGCCUGUGUCGUCUGUCCUGUUUUUAAAAUGCUGCAGCAGUUUUAAUUGAAUGCUUUAUCGUGGAGUUCUUCGCUGUUUCUGUCUUUUUAACACACACACACACACACACACACACUUGCGAGUACAGUGAGAAGCUUCCGAUGUCCUCUGAAAAGGGUAUACAUUUAAAAGAUUAAAACAUCUGUGUUAUCCCAAAAAUAAAUGUCUGUGAUUUUUUCCAUCAUACUGCAGUGAAUCCUAUAGCAACAUUAAAAAAAGAGAAAAAACUGUAUUUAAAAAAAAAAAAUUAAAUGAAUGUUGGGUGCAUUGUUUUUAGUUGCUAAUAAACAUCCUGUUUGAUAAAAA